AAAAAGAAGAGUAUAAAUUGGUGCUUAAAGAAAGGAAUUUAUGCCGCCGGGUUUUAACAUCUUAGAGACAUGGGUGGGGGGACGAUGGAGUGGGCUGCGAGAGCAAACCACCUUGGUGGUCUACCUAGGAAAUUGGUCAUCACUGCGGUUGGUACCUUCGCUAAGGUGGUUGCCAAUGUAAUGAACACAACCACUGUUCAUAACGGCGAUACCCUCAUCCACCUUGUUCGAUCUCGCCCUCCUGGUCUUCCUCUCCUUACCGUCAGCAAUCACAUGUCCACAUUGGAUGACCCAGUUAUGUGGGCAUUCAAAGGUUUUCCAAUUUGUAAUGCAAAGCUGGCUCGAUGGGUACUGGCCGCUGAAGACAUAUGCUUUAAAAAUAAAGUAUUGUCAUACUUUUUCCGGAUUGGGAAAUGUAUACCAAUAACAAGAGGGGGCGGAAUAUAUCAAGAACAUAUGAAUGAAGCUCUUGAUCGUUUGACUGACGGAGCCUGGUUGCAUACAUUUCCAGAAGGGAAGGUCUGUCCAGAGGAUGCUCCUAUAAGACGAUUGAAGUGGGGAACUGCCAGUCUCAUUGCUCGUGCCCCCGUGACUCCAAUUGUCUUGCCAAUUAUCCAUCAUGGUUUUGAAAAGGUUAUGCCUGAGAACUAUGCUUUUGGGAGAAGACCUCCAGUUCCUUUAUGGAACCAGGAGAUAAAAAUAGUUAUUGGUGAGCCAAUGGAAUUCAACCUUCCUGAACUCAGAGAGAUGGCUCUAUCUCAAUCUCGGGAUUCAUCAGCUUCCAGUGGACGGUGGCCAAGAACCAUCCUUGGUGGACUGGAUGAGGCAGCACAAAGAUGUCUAUACAUGACUAUUUCUGAUCAAAUUCGAACUACCUUGGAAAACUUGAGGAAGUUUAGUAAAUCUUACGUAAAGCCAAAGCAAUAAAGUUGGCGGUUUCAAAGCAUUUAAAAGGAAUUUGUAAGGUGCAUCAAGCUCAUAUUGUAUUGACUGAUUUGUAAUUUUUUGUUUCAAGAUUUUGAUAUUCUAGGGCUAGACUUUCAUCCCUUAAUUGAGGAUGUAGGGUAAGAUUUAGCGGUUCAGAAUCAUAGUAUCUUCCUUAUAGCUGUAAUUUUUGCAUUUUGAGAAUUUCAAUAUCAUUUGGUCAAAAAUGAAAGAUACCGCUUCAAUUCUUGAAA